GAGUGCAUGAAAAAGUGGAACGGAAAUAUUUGCGCUCGUUGACCACACGGUCAAUUUAUUCAAAAUUAUGACAUAUGUUGCACACGACAUACAACAUUUUAACAUUUUAAAGCGCAUGCAGAGGUACGGUACAUUAAGCGAGUAGGUUUCCUACAGCCACAGAUUGCUUUUGAGGUAAUAAUUGGAGCAUUUACGAUACGUGGGGAUAAUAUUAGCUUGGAGGCCUUGCUCUAGAAGUGUAUCACGGAACUUUCUGCCUCCCCCCCCCCCCCCCCUUCCAAGUCUCUUGUACAAAGUUGAUUCCAAUAAAUAAUAGAUGGAGAGAAAUGCUUUGUCUGUUUUGUCUGGCUUCUAACAGGUGCAUGCAAACACUAACACUAACUCGCCGUUCGAAUCCUCGCGGCGACGCCGGCCGUCCGGCCUGUCGGAGCACUUAGGCGGCUCCAUUAGUGGCAUUUUGCGUCCCAUUAGUGUGUCACACCUGCGGAGAGGGGAUUAUAAUCCUGUCGGCGGCACCUAUAAAAAAGCCUCCCUCUGCUUGAUGCGGCCACAUGCUAACGAGGCUAAUCGAGAGGUGAGUGCAGCGUCGCGUCCGUGUUCGUUGCUGAUGAUUGUUUUCAUCGCAGCUUCCUCCGCAGCUCCCAUGGAGGCCGGAAACGGAGCCCUGGUGCACGUGUUGUUGUUGGCCUUGCUGCUGCAGGGCGCCUGGGCCCAGCAUUGGUCCUACGGCUGGUUGCCAGGCGGGAAGAGGGCCGUGGGAGAGAUGGAGGCAACCAUUAGGAUGAUGGGUACAGGGGGUGUGGUGUCUCUUCCCGACGAGGCGAGUGCCCAAACCCACGAGAGACGUCGAGCAUACAAUGUAAUUGGCCAUGAUUCCGGUCAUUUCCAACGACAGAGACGCUUCCCCUAUAAGUGA